AUGAUGAUUCAAAAUUGUACUGAAGAUUUGGAAGUUUUUCUUAAACAAUAUUUAAUUGAAUUUAUCAAUGUAGAAAAUAAUUUUCAGCAUAAUAUUAAAGAAGAACAUAUUGCAGUGAUUGCCAAAUGGAUAAUCGAAAUGUCAAUUGGUCUUUUUAAUCCAAUUAAAUUUUCGAUUUUUACAUUUAUUCAUAAUCAACAAUUUCCUCGAGUUCAAAAUGCAAUUUUUAAGGCUCUGAAUUCGAUAUUUAUUUAUCGUCUUCCACGAAAAGAACAUAUUAUAUAA